UCAGGUCCGUGGAGACGCGUUUUCUGUUGAUAUUGCCACUCGCCGAAACACGCUCUAAGCAAUUGUUCGGGUGUAUCAAUCUGCGUUGGCAAACCAACAUUGUAUUGUUCCUUUAACAAAUAUCUUUUGUUUAAUGAACUGAAAAGAAAAAAAAGUUCAACAAUGGCCUCAAAUGCACCUAACUCAAGUCAGUCAGUUGACAAUCAGUCAGAAAUUGUGGAUGUACAUACCGAUCAACCUGAAGCUAUAGCUUCUUCUUCUUCAGCAUGUUCCCAACCUAGCACAUCUUCAGUUCCUAGGACUGCAGGAGAAUCAUUGUCCGAGUUUGUCCUUCAAUUAGAUGAAUAUACACCAACAAUGCCAGACCCUGUUGUUUCUUACUUCAUGCACUCAGCUGGGUUUUCUUCUACUGAUCCUAGGAUCAUUAGGUUGAUAUCAAUUGCUGCACAGAAAUUUGUGUCGGAUAUUGCAAAUGAUGCAUUACAACAUUGUAAAAUGAGGGGUGCUGGCCAGACAAAGAAGACAGCUAAAGAUAAAAGGUAUGUUCUGACAAUGGAAGAUCUUACCCCUGCAUUAGCAGAAUAUGGCAUCAAUGUAAAGAAACCUCACUAUUUUGCAUAAUGAUGAACUACAUGAUUUUCAUGUAUAAAUGUUUUUAGAUGUUACUCAUGUGUAUGAAAUUUGAAAGUAGAAAUAUUAUCUUAAUCUCAAGGAGGUAAAACAAAAGACCCUCUUUUAAUUAACACUGAAGCUGAUAUCAUUUUUUUCACCAUCUGAAUUUUAAAUAUACUUUUCUAUAUUUGUGAAAGUGAUAUAACAUCAGAAAAAUUUAGAUCUAUUUUAAAUGAUACAUUUAAGUUUUUGCUAAAGGGGGGGGGGAGAUUUUAUGUUAUGUUUAACUUUUUAGUACAAAUUUGUGAAUUUUGUGUCGUGCUUUAAAUCAUGAGAAGCUGGAAAAAAAUAUCAGAAAUCAAAAUCUGGAGAUAUUUGAUUUAUUUAUAGUUUUAAUAUUCUAUUGAUAUUUUGUCUAGAGUUUAUUUUUUUACUGUCAGAAAAAAAUUGUGCAAAAGAAGGGUAGAAAAGCUGUUAAGUUUCGUUCUGUAUCUUAGAUUAUUUCUUUUGUUUAAAGCUGUCUUUCUUUUUACUUAUUUAAUUCAUGAUUGUUUUGAAAUAUGUGUGUAGAUUUAUUUAUUUUUGUUUUGAAUUGCUUGUAACUUUUUCAUUCAAUUUUAAAACGCAUUAUGAGAGGUUGUUUGUAUUUUGAAAAUGAAACUUAUUAUUCAGUGUAUGCUUCAUGUUAUUUUUUCUCCCUUGUAUAAAGAUGAUCUAAUAAUUAUAGCUAAAUAUGGUUUUAACUACAGUAAUUCAUAUUAUUGAACAAUUUUACUUCUUCAAAUACUCAUUAAACAUUAUUAUUCUUGCAAAUUUAAUCUGUGAUAUUAUUAAAUGCUUGUAUUAUAUUAUACUAUUGUAAUUGCAUGUAUGAUUAUUUUCAGCGUUUAAUUUUGAGGAAAUCGAUAUUAAAUCAAGGGUUUAAAAUUUAUUUACAGACGUUAUUUUAAAUCUUUAUGCAUAGUAAAACAAUUUUUUAUAACAGAAUAAUUUGUGGUAUUUAAAAAGCAAUCAGAAUUUUAUUUUUGCCUCUAAAAGCUUAUUGAAAAAAUGUUCAGUUGUUUUCAUGACUUUGCAAUUACUCUAAUUGAAUACUCGCUCUCAUCAUUAAUACUAUUGCUGAAAUUAUGAAUCUGAAAUAUUUGUUGCUUUGAAAAUAAAAAUAUAUAUCUAAGUUAUUCAUAUACAUGUUCAUCGUUUUGAUUAAAAGAUUUAUCAUGCAAAAAUAAUUUAUGAUCAUAACUUAUUAUUAAUUUUUUUUAUUUUUAGAAGAUUUCGCUCAAAUUGUGUAGAAUCAAAGUUGUACAUGAUUAGUAUAUAAUUUGUAGAACUUCAUUGAAGAUGAAUUUGGUGACUUCAUUGUAUUAAACAAUGAUAUAUUUGAUUAGACAUUAAAAAAAAUUAAAAAUCAUAUAUUUGUCUAUUAGUAAAUCCAAAGAAAUCCUGGUUUGCAAGAACAAUGUCAGCAAGUAUAACAGAUAUUUUUCCUUUCCUUGUUAUAAAUCCCAAAUGGUUAUCGUUAUAAAAUGGUCCCUAAAAACACCGUUUUGGCAGUUUAUUUCAGUCUUAUAAUUGGUGCCCUGUGCAAAACUGCCUAUUACAAAUUAUCUCAUAAUUGGCAUCUAAUAAUUUCAUCCAAAUAUAUGUUAAAAAUUAUAGAAAAAGCGUACUUAUUUUUUGUGUACAGCAGUUUCUUUCAUUUUUCAUUUUUAAUUUAUUUUCUCAUUUUAAAUAUAAUCUAAACAAUAUGUCUGCUUUGAAUCAAAAAUAUUAUGGAAAUAUAUAAUAGUUCUAAAAUAUUUCUAAUAAUUUAACAUUUAAAAAUACUUACAAUUUACUUAAAUUACAGUUUUUUUUUUUUUUUUUGAGUAACUAAUUGGUUUGAUAAUUUAUGCUUAAAAAUCGUUAUUUCCAUUUAAGUUACUGUAAUUUAAAUGAAAUCUAUGAAUUUGCUUUCUUAAAUAUUAUUUUAAAUCUAAAUACAUUAUGAAUAACUGAGGGUGGAAAAAGUUCCUUGUUCAUCCAAAUAUAUAUUAAGGAAAAAUUAUCUUCAUUUAUUUCCUUUCAAUGUAUAAAAUUUUUAACAACUGUUCCUUGUAUGUUAUGUGAAGCUAAUAAUGUUUCUGUAAUAAUGUACUGUUUGUUUCAGUAUUCACAUUUAUUGAAUAAAUAUAACAUUUGAACAAGGUGGCUCCAAAUAUUUGUAAUAAUUAUCUAAAGUUAUUGUAAACUGAUAUAUAUUAUUAUAGAAUACUCCACAAAACUCAUUUCUACCUCAAAAUUAUAUUCAUGUAUAUUGAUAAAACCUGCUUUAAUGUCCUAUUCAGCAUUAAUUUCAAAUUAAUAUAAGCGUAUUUUCUUUAUAGACUACUUUGUUAAGCUUAAAGAAGUAUUUUUCUUUUAUUGUUCUGUAACUUAAAAGGCAUUUUAAUAAUUUUAACUCUUUCUUCAUUUUCAGAAAAUCAAGGUAAUGAUUUUCUAUGUUGUGUAUUUUCUUUUAGUGCAUUUUUUAAAAAUUAUUAAGGUUUUUGGUUGCUUCUUAGAAAUUGUAUUAUAUUAUCAUUUAUUUGUUAUUGUCAAAUUUAUUUUAAACUAAUAAUUUACUGGUACUUUUCUUAUUUUGCUUAAAGUUUUUUUUUUUUUUUUUUUUUCCUUUUGUCUUUUUUAACCAAAUAUAGCUGGAAUGGAUUUCAUUCUUAUGGAUAUUUAUUUCUGGAUGUACUACUAGCAUUUAUCGGAUGUUUCUGCUAUUGUUGUGUAAACAAAGUUUUAUUUGUUUUCUCUUUGUCUCUUUCUUUCUUUUUCAAUUCAUUUAUUAACACAUUAUUAAAAGCUUCUCUAUUUUUAGAAGUACCUGAAAAUUCAUUUGUUAAUCUGUUUUAAAGUUUGUUUUUGUGUAACUGUUAGGAUCUUCUGUUCUAAUUAUAAAUCUUCCAUUUAUUGUUUUAAAAAAGGAAGAAGGAUUAAUUUAAAAACUAGUCGGAAAACAAGUUUUCUCUAUAAUGUUAAUACAUCGUGUUAAUCUUAUAUUAUAAGAAAUGAGUGUUUUUUUCCCUCCCAUUUUUAUAAUUUUACUUAAUACCCCUUAUUUAGUUGGAAUUCCUCUAAUGAAUACGAGACCAAAAUUUAAUUUACUUUUGAAGAGUAAAAGAUUGUCUUUUGAAUUAAUUUUUAUUAUUUAAUUUAUAUAAGGUGCAAAAUUUCUCUUUUAAUUUUUUAAAACUAUAUUUUUUAAGAUUUCUCUGUUCAAGUAAAUUCAAAGUGCCAAAUAUUUAUUUAUAUUAUUAAACUGAAUAGAAACAGGCAUGUGUAAAGCUUUCAUAUCUAUCAUACUGAAUAGAAACAAGCAUGUGUAAAGCUUUCACUCGAGGCUUACCUUUCAUUUGUCAAUUAAGAUUUUAUUUGUAAUGAAACCUGAAUUUGGAAUCUGCAUGUUUUUCAUCUUCUGUAAUAAAUGUGUAUAUUGUGGUA